AUGACUGCAUCCUCCAAACCCCAGCCUUAUCAGCAAGCCGGCCUUGCACUUUAUGCCCUCAAAGUGCAAGAAUAUCGGCUCCUCCAUCGUUCGAUUCUACUGUUGGAAGAGUCUGAGCUGUCAUCUUAUGCCCAGAAAUACAGUGAAGUGAUGCAGUACCUGAGUACUAUUGAAAAUUGCACAGUGCUCCCAUUACCUUGGACACACAAUCUACUAUCACUACUUGAUGUGAGAAGUCGAAGGAGGCAACUAAUCUCAUAUCUCGAAGCCACAGAGGAAAAGGAUAUGUUUGGUCGAUCUCUGCUACACUUGGCACUUGAUCUCGGUGUAGGUGACGAUGCUGUACACCUGAUCAGUGGUGCCUCUAAUGAGCCUGACACCUGGGACCGCCUUCCUCUACACAUCACUUCCUUCACUGGCUGUAUUGACUUAGCCACACGUUUGAUCUACGACCAGGCGGAAAUUCAGAUAAAGGAUAGGUGGGGUUUGCAACCUCUCCACUAUGCUAGUGCUGCGGGGCAUUUGGACAUUGUGAAUCUGUUGAUUGGCAAAGUUGAAAUUGACUCAAAGGACUGGUAUGGCAUGACGCCUCUCGCCUAUAGUGUCAAGAACGGACAUGUAGCAAUAGCUACUGUGCUUCUUGAGAAUGGGGCUGAUAUUGAAAAGAGGGAUGCGGACUACUGGACACCACUGCUUCAUGCUAUCGAUCAUGGACGAGUCGGCAUUGUUGACUUGCUCCUUCGUAAUCGCGCCGAGGUCAAGCCAAUGUUGGAAGCUGGAAGAGUUAUAUGGCAACCUUUAACGGAACGACACCUUGGCGUCGUCAAGCUGCUUCUUGAACAUGGGGCAGUGGAGGAGAUUCAUCGUUUCAGUGACAAAAAUCUUCUACUUUGGGCUGUCAAGAAGAAAGAUCAUCACCUCGCUCGUCAACUGGUCCUCCACAAAGUCUUUCGAACACCCAUCGCUACCAACGGUAUCACUGCGCUUUCGUAUGCUUCUGAAGUAGGAAAUCACGAAAUCGUGGUGGAACUACUCGAAAAUGGAGUGAACCCUAACAAAAGGUGCAGCGGUCGUGAACUACCGUUGUCAUACGCUGUGGCGGGGGGACACGUAAAUGUCACGAAAGAACUACUCGAACACAACGCCAACCCAAAUGCAAGAUCUGGUAUAGAUAUGGAUGGUCAAAUGGUUAUCGUCAAAGCAUUUGAGCUACGGAAUCCGGAUAUCAUUGAUCAUCUUGUUGCUUGGGGGGCCGAUGUCAGCGCUAACGGUUCUCGUGGCUGGACGCCAAUCUUCCCGGCUGCUGUCAAUGGGCAUCUAGGCGCUGCUGAAAGUCCAUAA